AGUUUGGAGCUUUUAGCUGCCAGCCCUGGCCCAUCAUGUAGCUGCAGCACAGCCUUCCCUAACGUUGCAACUGGGGGAAAAAUCACUUUCCAGUCUGUUUUGCAAGGUGUGCAUUUUCACCUUGAUUCCCUGAAAGUCCAUCUGCUGCAUCGGUCAAGAGAAACUCCACUUGCAUGAAGAUUGCACGCCUGCAGCUUGCAUCUUUGUUGCAAAACUAGCUACAGAAGAGAAGCAAGGCAAAGUCUUUUGUGCUCCCCUCCCCCACCAAAGGAAAGGGGAAAAUGUCUCAGUCGAAAGGCAAGAAGCGAAACCCAGGCCUUAAAAUUCCAAAAGAAGCAUUUGAACAACCUCAGACCAGUUCCACGCCUCCUAGAGAUUUAGACUCCAAGGCUUGCAUUUCUAUUGGAAAUCAGAACUUUGAGGUGAAGGCAGAUGACCUGGAGCCCAUAGUGGAACUGGGACGGGGUGCGUACGGAGUGGUGGAGAAGAUGCGUCAUGUGCCCAGUGAGCAGAUCAUGGCAGUGAAGCGAAUCCGGGCCACCGUAAAUAGCCAGGAGCAGAAAAGGCUAUUGAUGGAUUUGGAUGUCUCCAUGAGAACAGUGGACUGUCCAUUUACCGUUACCUUCUAUGGCGCACUUUUCCGUGAGGGGGACGUGUGGAUCUGCAUGGAGCUCAUGGAUACGUCACUAGAUAAAUUCUACAAACAAGUUAUUGAUAAAGGCCAAACAAUUCCAGAGGAUAUCUUAGGGAAGAUAGCAGUUUCUAUUGUAAAAGCACUAGAACAUUUACACAGUAAGCUCUCUGUCAUUCAUCGGGACGUCAAGCCUUCAAAUGUGCUGAUUAAUACCCUGGGCCAAGUGAAGAUGUGUGACUUUGGAAUCAGUGGCUACCUGGUGGAUUCCGUUGCUAAAACAAUCGACGCAGGUUGCAAACCGUACAUGGCCCCUGAAAGAAUAAACCCAGAGCUCAACCAGAAGGGAUACAGUGUGAAGUCUGACAUCUGGAGUCUGGGCAUCACCAUGAUUGAGCUGGCCAUCCUCCGGUUCCCCUACGAUUCGUGGGGGACUCCCUUCCAGCAGCUCAAACAGGUGGUGGAGGAGCCAUCCCCGCAACUCCCUGCAGACAAGUUCUCCGCAGAGUUUGUUGACUUUACCUCACAGUGCUUGAAGAAGAAUUCCAAAGAACGGCCUACGUAUCCAGAGCUUAUGCAACAUCCAUUUUUCACCCUACAUGAAUCCAAAGCAACAGAUGUGGCAUCUUUUGUAAAACUGAUUCUUGGAGACUAAAAAGCAGUGGACUGACCAUACUGUGGAUUGGUGGGUUUACAGGGCGAAGCAAGUUCACUACAGCACCAAUCGAAAGUCGUCUUUGAGAUAAUCUAACCCUGCCUCUCUGAGGGUUUUCUCUCCCUAUCGUUUUUUUCUUUUCCCUCUCCUAAGGGGGUCUUGGAAUUUGUAGUAUAGAAUGAACUCCUUAGAUGGAUGAAAUAUGAUAAAAGCUUAGGACUUAAAAAGGUGAUUAAAUAUUUAAUGAUGUGCCAUAUGAGUCCUUAAGCUUCUCAGAUUUCUCUUGUUCUUUAUGAAAUGAAUGCAUUGGCCCUGGCAAAAAGGUGCUACAGUAGUGAUGAAAUUGUAAGUAGAUUUGUAGUUCGUCCCAUUUAUUAUUUUAAUAUUUAUGUUUAAGUGCUUGGUUGGAAAGAUUCCAUUUUAUGCAAGAAGGGAGAUACAGAGGAAGGUGCGGUUGGCAGUAUUUAUAGGGCUUUUAUUUUUUAAGUUUGAUCGUUUCUGUGUUCCAGAAGAAAUAAUUUAAUAUGCAUCUUUAAGAAUAUUAUAAAAAUCUCAAAAAGGAGCUCUUCUCGUGAAAUGUCUCUUCCAGUUGUGGCUGCUGUCACACUCACAAACUUAGUCCGGGGUGAUCAUCUGUGUUUUAUAGUGAAGUGUCAAAGUCAUCUUGGUUCUACUCUUUCCCCAAUUUUGGAAAACAUAAAAAUCAUUUUUGUUUCCACAGCGCAAAGAGUAAAAUAUUUGGUUCUCUUGACAUUUGUGGUAUAGUCUUAGUGGAAAGUGAUUUGUGAUGUGAUUUUAUAUCUACCCACAUAUCCACAUAUCUGUGUGUGUGUGUGUGUGUGUGUGUGUGUGCACACGUGUUUGUGGUAAACAGAGUUCUGCUGACUGGCUUUUAUGGAUAUCUAUAUUUAGUAAGAAGGACAUUUGCUCAUCUAAAGGGGAGAUAAGGCAAACCACAGAGAGAAUUGGUGCCUUCUGCUUUUGUCCCUCCUGCAAAGGAUAAGCCCCAAGGAUUGUUUUUGUAAUUAAUGUAGCCUUCUGCUUUGUCUGUUUCCUUCUUCAAUGAAGAAUCCUUACUAUUAUUGGAAUGUUAUUAUUACUAAUAUUAUUGGAAGAGAGGAAAAAGCCAGUUAGUAGCUCUUUGACAAUAUGAAAAGAUAACAGGGAAAGUUGAAUUAAUUUCCAGGAAUAGACUACCAGAUCUCCACUGGAGGAGUUUUCCUUUCCUCAACAGUGUGCAGUAGCAAACUCCAUCCUGAACUCCCAGCAGGUUAACUGCAUAACCAUACUCUUUUCUUGUGGAUAAAAACAGCCACACUUUCUCUGAUUUGGGGCUCUUGCUUCUUUGAGGAUCGAGGAGUGAAAUGAUUGACAGAAACAAUACAGACCUAUCCUAAAUUACCAGGAACCAUUGCUGUUGCACAUAGUGUUCAGCAGGGUUACCCUGGGAAUACAAAGAUGGAGGAUGUUUAUUUAAAAAGAAAAAAAAAAUGCCACACUAUUUCUUUCCUUGCCUCAAAUUCUCCAAUGGGGAGAGGAUUGCUCACUCGAAUCUUCUCUUCCUUCCCUAUCAGAUUUUGAAGUGCAAUCGUAUAUUUUUCUCUGUAUUUCUUUGUGUCUUGCUCUUGACCUCUUGUUCAUGGAGUUGCUCAGAGUGAGUAUGAUACUUCUUCAGGUUCUGCUCUAAGAAAUAUCCAUGUCAUUAAGCAGCAGUUUCACGUGCUUUGUAGCUACCUCUGUCUUCAUUUUCUUCUAGCCAGAGCAGGGGUCUUAACCUGGUGAUUAUAGCCAUGCAAUUUCCCACCUGCCUUCCUACAUCUGGAAGUUCCUCUCUUUGAUAAAGAAAAGGAAAAAACCACAGCUUUAUUCUUGUCCUAUUUACCCAUUUUCUGAAAACAGCAACUACUAGGAGAAAAAUCUAGGGUUACUCCAUUGCAGUCCCGAUAAAGUGUUAAAGUAAAUCAUCUUUCUGGUCUGAGUCAGAUUACUCCUACCUGUUUUUAUACUUUGAAAUAUUCUUAAGGGAGAGUACAUUUCUUAUUGGUGUGUCUGUUCAGUUUGCGAGCCCAGGGCUGGACUUGCAAAACAAUCAUAGUAGGGAAUAAAUUGGACUAUGGUUUUCUAUGGUUCUCAAUAGCAUUUUGGAAUCAUCUAGAAGCUUGUGACACUGUCAAAGCCUUAACCACUGGAGACUUUCAUCGAAUUGGUCCAGGCUAGGGCCUGGGAGCUGGUACUUUCUUUUAACAGCCCUUGUGGGAUUCUGAGGUGCAGCGAGGUUGAGAACUUGCAUUGCACUUUUCAAGGAGAGAGCCGACUUGAAGUUACUUUCUCUGAAAUAUUUGCAGAGAACAAUAAAUGACUGUAGAAGACCAAGAGCUCCUAUUUUUUGUUUGUUUGUUUGUUUGUUUGGAUCAUCUUUAUCCCUUUCAGGGACAGCAUGUUCCUGGAAGUACUGAUUGGAAGAUUGAAAUACCUUUUGCCCCAGAGAAACAGUGUUUUACACGAUGAUUAAAUAUCUUAUGUACUAAGGUAUGAUGGCCUGAUCAUCUUAGAAAUCUAAAUUCAGAACAUGGCUUUGUUUCUGGAGAACUGUGUUACUGUGUUGUAAACUUUAAAAAACCAAGACACGCAAACUGUGUGUAAGUUGGGAGUUCCCUGUACAUACAGACAGAUAUGUAUAUAUAAAGGACAAGAUAUCUGUCCUUGGGGAUGAUGAUUGAAGUGCUUAAUUCUCUGCCACCAUGGACCAUCUGAUUAUUAGCCCUGGCUUUACCACUGUAUUACACCAUCAGGUGUACUUCUAUAUCAGAGAUCAUGCUUAUUUUUUCAAAUGUAUUGGACUUGGUAUCAUGUAAUUGUCGAUGGUACACAUUGUCUUUAUAUUUAUAAAAAAUAUCCACCUCUCUCUAUGUAUAUUGUUGAUUUAAGAGAUGUGCCAAGAACUUAAUGUGAAUGAUUUUUGAAGACAGUUACUAUAUGUGUAUAUGAAUCACUGAGUAUUGGUCUUGAGAGAUGCUGCCUUAAGAGACUAUAUAUUUAUAUAAAUACCUUUACUAAAAUAUUUUUUCCCACUUCUCUUUCAGAAACCCAUUCUCUCACCUAUGAGUAUAAUCAUCAUCUUGGAAUUACUGUUCAGUUGUUGUUUGUUUCUUUGUUUUAUAUAAUUCUUUAAAUCAAAGCCCUUAGUAGUUUCCAGCUUGACUCACCUGUCUGGUCUAUCAAAUUUAGCAGGAAAUUGUGUUUGACAGUCUCUACAAGUUAAAUUUUCCCUCAGUGUUGAAAUUUUACCAUUGCCAACUCUUUGUAAAAUAUUUCACGGGCUCAGGAGAUAAUUUGAAAUGAUGAUUUCCUCCUCAAAAAUUUAUUCCUUUUUUUUUAAGGAAAGGCAACCUUGCUCCAUAUCCCCAAAGUGACUACUUUGAGGAAGAAAAAAACUCCUAUAGAUGUAUAUAUUGACAAAAUAUCAAUAUAGUCAUCAGUUUUACACAAGAUACCCAUCUGAAGACCUUGGAUGAAGGAAUAAUCCAUUAGUUCAAAGACUCUGUUUGGUCCCUCUGAAAAAAUUCAGAAUAACUGGCUAAAUAAACAGCUUUUAUUUAGCUUGGAAACAAGUACGUGUGGUAUAGCUCAAAAUUGUAUUUUAUAGUUCUUAUAUAUCCUCCAGACCUAACAAAAAAUUAUCCAGUAUAUGACAGGAGUUCCAAGACUUUCUCUGUUUAUGCCACCAUUGGUUGUCUUAGUAAUUUUUUCAGUGUCCUAGGCCAAAAUAGUUAAUAGCUCUGGAUAUCAAGGAAUUAGGUUUUAAGAGUUUAAUAGUAGUUUGCAUCAUGUCCUACAGAUGGCGCUGUGCUUCCCUUAAGAAACAGUAUCUUCUGGUACCUGUGAAUUUACAGUGAUCUCUCAGGAUAUCAAAACACACAAUUUGGGGACCAUCGAUAUAUGCUAUGCUGAUGUUUGCCCUACAGUUAGUGACCUUCAAAAUUGAAUUCUUGGUCACUCAUCCCUCUAUAUGAUUUCAUUCUUUGUUUUGUUGUCAUUGUUAUUUGUUUUGCCUUUCUCUGACUAAUCAUUUUUAGUGGUGUCCUAUGCUUUUUUGCCAGUCCUCACACCUGCCUUGCCAAUUGUCAUAAUCUAGAAAAUGAAAUACUUAUAAGCUCCAGCGCUAGAGGAGAUUGGUGUAAAACUAAUAGGAUCCCUGAUCUCUCCGAGAGAACUUGAUAGUCUCUUUGUAAUAUAAUCACAAGGGAAGCAGAGAGGGGCUGAUAUUUUAUGGCUUAACACUGACAAGGGGUUUCAUUACCUGUGCUCAGAGAAGUCUUCUGUUUCUCUCAAGUGUCUAACAAAAACAUUUUGUUUUUGGCCUGAAUC